CACUUACUUAUCGUUCGAUUCGUUCGGUACUUAGUUGCGUAUGGUGCUUACUACUUUGGUUCUUUAACGCUUGCCAGUCACCUCAUUUUAUUAUUUUUGACAAUUUGAUUAGUUUUUAUUGAAUAUAUAAUUAUUUUUGAAGUUUCCUAAAAUAUUACUUUACAUAGGUAAUACCGAUAAAAUUCCUACCUUUUACACGAGUUGUGACGAACAAAACACAGGACCAGUGAAUGUUAUCAUCGAAAAAAUAUCAUUGAAAUGAUAUAAAAAGAAUAACAUAUUAUUGAGUACAUUCAAGAUUCUACGUUCAGACCUAGUAUUUGAAGAACUAGUGUACGGUUACACAUAAACAAUGAGUUACGGCGAUUCUGAAGCUAAAAUGAAUCUUUCUGCUUUGCAAAGAGUAGAUCCAUAUGUUGAUAGUAUCGUACAGACGGCGGGACACGUCGCUCUGUAUUCGUUCAAUGCAGAGGCGAAUGCAUGGCAAAAAACCAAUGUAGAAGGGACUUUACACGUGUAUACUCGAUCUGCUGAACCUUUGCACAGUAUUAUGAUAAUGAAUAGAUUAAAUACAAACAAUUUGAUGGAACCGAUUGAAAACGGCCUAGAUCUCCAACUUCAAGAGCCAUUUUUACUGUACAGAAACUGUGGUGGUUCUAUUUAUGGUAUUUGGUUUUAUGACAAGGAAGAAUGUGCCAAAAUUUCUAAUAUACUGAAAUCAUUGAUCAAAAGUUUGAUAGUAAAACAAAACGAUAAAAUUAACAAACAAGAAACUGGUUCCACAAAAAGUAUUGAUCUCGUUUCAAUGCUGAGUCGGGCACAAGAGGAUUAUAGGGCCAAUAAGACCAGCUCAAAAGGAUCUGAAACACCAUCCAAAAAAGUUGAAGAAACUGCCCCUCCUCAAUGUGUUAUGGACUUUUUUGCACAAGCAGGAAGUGGGAAAAAUUUCUCUGAAGGAUUACCAUCAUUAUCAAGUUAUGCAAAUACACAAAGUACACAAACUCCAGCUUUAAAAACAGGAUCUAAUGAAUCUAUGUUGCACAAGUUGAUGGCCAGUCCAAUUCAUACAGUAGAACAAAUUGAAAUGCAACAAAGGUCAGCAACACCUAGAACAGAUAUUUUGGUCGCAACUCAUACUGAACAAACUAAGACAUGUUCAUUCAAUAGCAUAAAGCCCAGAAGUUUAAUAAAUCAAUUAAAUCAACAAGAUGAAGAUGAUACUUCCCAUGCUAAUCGCAAUGGAUAUCAUAGACCGAAAGAUAUUAAAGAUAAUUCAUUUAGUACAUCAUUGAUUGAAAAUUUUCUUAAUCAAAGCGAUCUAUCAGAAAAAUCAAAUAUAGUUAUGGGUGCAUGUAUGCCAUUAGAAUCACAACUUGAUUCAGAUGAGCUAAUGCCACCUACUAGGUUCAUAUUGGAUGACAUUGAAGAUGAACUAGUUACCUCUUCAGUAAAUGCAAUGUCAAUAACGGAACCUAAACACCGGGAACCAACAUCUAAUAAAUCUAAUAAUAAAUUGGAACCAUUAACAAAGAAUCAGUUAUUACAAGCUUUUGAAUACUUAUUAAAAAAUGAUCCAGAUUUUAUGGUUAAAAUACAUGAAGGUUAUGUCAAGUCAUUAUUACGGAAUUGAGAUUAUCUAUUUGGAUUCCAUUACUUUAGUACAAGUAUGACUAUUUCUUUUUGACAUUUUGACAAAAAUUGCAUUAUUUUUUGAACAACAUAUUAUAUAUAUUUUUUCCAACCAAUAAUAGUUUUUAAUUGCUACAUAAAUAAUUAAAUAAAAUAAUAAUAAAAAAAAAACUAUUCCCCAUUUUAUUUUGUGAAUUGAUACUAUUUUAUUAUGUACAAUGUACAUUCUGGCGGUAUCUUAGCAAUUCGGAACUAAUGCAUGUACAAAUUGAACGUUUUGAUUUAUAUUUUGAAAAUUGUAGGUAUUUCAAAGUAUUAUUUUCACUAUCAAUAAUUAUUAAUUACUCUAAUAGUAUUUCAAUUUUUCGACUGAAAAAAAAAAUACAAUUAUCAUUACCAACGGACAUAUAUUUAUGCUGUUCAUUAAUAUAGCUGUUUGGUAUAUUAAUUGUACUUAACUAUUUUAUUUUAAAAUUUUAAAAAUAUAAAUACUCCUGGUUUAUUUUUAUGCCGAUUUAUUAUUUGUUUUAUUUAAUAAAAAAAUUGGGUAACUUCAUUGUUAUCUAUUACAAUUAAAACUAUUCUUCAAAAUUAGACAUCUGUAUUUUAAUUAUGUAUAAUGCUUAGAUUAUUUUGUAAUAUGAAGAACCUGUUAAAAUUAAGCUUUAAAUUAUUAGUAUAAAUUACAAAUUUAACACAGCUGUGUAUUAUGUUUUAAUGUUGAUACUGUUAAUAAUGUAUGAAAAUGUAUUGAUGCAAUUUCACCAAUUCAAGUAUAUUAAAAAAAUAAAGUAAUGGAAUUUUAGUUUUGCUCCAAAUAAUAAUACACAAAUACAUUAUAAAAAUUAUUUAUUAUAAUUUCUUUUAGAAACCUAAAUCAUUUUCAAAUGGUUUCAAAUUCAUUGUCCUUUGUAUUUAUAAUAUUUUACAAAUUUAUUGUAAAUAGCUUAGAAGCCAUCUACCUUUGAUUUAGCUCCAAACUGAGAUACUAUUUUAGAAGAUCUGUUGUAUAAAAUCUUAUAUUGGCAAUUACAUUAUCAAUUUAUUUUAAUAUA